UGUGUGUGUGUGUGUGCGUGUGCGUGCGUGUGUGUGUGUGUGUGUGUCUGUGCAUGUGGGUGUGCGUGUGUGUGUGUGUGUGUGCUCCUACCACCAGAUAACAUGUUGUUGUGGUUCUCUCUGUUUCUCCUCCUCCACCGUUCACUCCUUCAUGCCUCCUCUCCAUCCUUGUGUACCUCCACCGGUCCUGCUGGGGGAGGUGGACACCACCCUGGACUCCACCCAGGUGGUGGUGAAGGAGCUGCGAGCCAGCAGCAGCGUGCAGGAGCAGAUGCACUUCCUGAAGGAGGUGCAGCCGUUCCGUGCUCUGCAGCACCCUGCUCUCCUCCAGUGUUUGGUCCAGUGCACCGAGGUCGCCCCCUUCCUGCUGGUGAUGGAGUUUUGUCCACUGGGGGACGUGAAGGGCUACCUCCGCAGCUGCCGGGCCUCAGAGACCAUGACCCCGGAGCCCCUGGUCCUCCAGCGGAUGGCCUGUGACAUCGCCUCGGGACUCUUGCACAUGCACAAACACGACUUCACACACAGUGACCUGGCUUUGAGGAACUGCUUGUUGUCUGCCGAUGUCUCCGUGAAGAUUGGAGAUUACGGCCUCGCCCAGAACAAGUACAAGGAUGAUUACUACGUGACAUCAGAUCAGAUGAGCGUGCCGCUGCGUUGGAUCGCUCCAGAGCUGGUAGACGAGGUGCAUGGAAAACUGCUGGUGGCGGACCAGACCCAGCACAGCAACAUGUGGUCUCUGGGCGUCACCAUCUGGGAGUUGUUUGAGUUGGGCAACCAGCCCUACAGGCACUACUCGGACCGGCAGGUGCUGAGCUACGCCGUGAGGGAGCAGCAGCUGCGACUGCCCAAGCCGCUGCUCAAAGUGCCGCUGGCGGAGCGCUGGUACGAGGUGAUGCAGUUCUGCUGGCUCCAGCCCGAGCAGAGGCCCAAUGCCGAGGAAGUCCACCUGCUGCUCAGCUACCUGUGCGCCAAGGGGGCCAGCGAGGCCGAGGAGGACUUCGAGAGACGGUGGAACUCCCUCCGUCCCGAUACCGUAUUCGAUGGCCACCGCGGGGCCUCGGCAAUGCCCCUCAUCCACCCCUCGUCCACCUCCUCCUCUUUCCCCCUCCUCGAGCAGUUUUCAGCCGGCGAUGGCUACCACUCGGAGACCGGGGACGACAUACUCACGGUCACAGAGACCAGCCACGGCCUGAACUUUGAGUACAAGUGGGAGCAAGCCAGAGCAGACCAGUCGUACGGAGCCCCGGACUCCUUGGGUCAGGUCGACCAUCAUCCCCAGGAAGCGUUUUACCCCCCUGAGAGCAUCGUGGGAGGCUGCCCCACGGAGAGUCUCAGCCACGGACUUUCUCCUCCUUACUACCAAUCAAAACACCUCCAUGCUCCAGGCAUAGUUCCCGUCCUCAGUGCUCACAGCCCCUCGAUAGGCAGUGAAUACUACAUCCGCAUCGAGGAGCCGGUGGACUGUAACAUCGAUCUGGACUACACCAUGUGCUCCUACAGCCCGGACUACCAAGGCAGCAGUGGGAGCUUUCUGACCGGGAGUGCUGACUCAGGCGAGUGCCUGGGCUGCCCGUCACAGACCACGGACACGGGUCCCUUUUGGCCACCAGACAUCCAUAAUUCAGAUAUGUACGACUCGGACGACUCAAGUCCUGCUAUCUCCCUGACGAUGGAGCCCCUCUUAGGGCAAGUGUUGGACAAUAGCCCACUACGGCCCUGGGAGUCCAGCCACUAUGUGUCCUAUAAAGACCGAGACGGGGGUUACUACUACGAACACUCGCCCCCUUUGGGAAUAGAUCACUAUCUGAUUAAACGCCAGUCCUCCAGUGAGCGUCAUCAGGAGAGCUGGGGGUCCAGGAGCCUGCGUCAGGCCCUGGGUGAGUUGGAGAGAUCCCCCGCGGUGACCAGUGCAUCCCAACAGGCCAACAGAGACGCAUACAUGGACACCACAUGUCAGACCUCCAUCAUAGGAAAGAACGUGACGGGGGGCUACUACGACAUGAUGGGCUCCCUGAGGAGGACCAUGCCCGGCCACGCCAGGCGUAACAGCCACUCGGUCAGCAUUGACAUGGAGACGGAGGGGGCGCUCUUCAUCGGACACAGAGACAGCGACACAGAGGAGGAAGAGGAAGAGGACAUAUUUGUUGAGAGACACACCUGCAACACUUGGCCUUCAAAACACCGCCACAGCAGCACGGGUCACCACAGACGCGCUAGCCACAGACAGGACACUUAUGUGGACUUCCACUACACCAUGCCGAGUACAGACAUCGAAGACUCCUGGCCAGAGGAGCACAGCAUGGCCUUCCACUCUCUUCCCAAACCUGUGGACUAUCUGGAGCCCCACCAGGCCAAAGACAACAGCGCCUGCCUCAGCCUGAGUAAGCACCCUGCCACGAUGCCCUCGGACCACUGCGACGCCUACAUCUACCUGUGCCAUGAGAGCGAGACUCCUGGAGAGCCGGCAUCUGGAGAGUGCUGCCACUCGCUCUUUGUCGACCCGCUCACAGGCUCGCUGGUCAGAAACAAUAGCCACAGCCACAGCUACAGCCACGGCAGCUACGGCAGCGAAAAGGCCGUCGACGUGCCGAGCAGCGACGAGAUGAUCAAUCUGUCACCGGCCCCGGGCGGCCCCGUUGUGGCCAAGCCUUCCUCGAUGAAGACCGAGGACAGUAGAGAGCGGCGUGUCGACCUCACAACCGAUGAAGCGCUCUUCAAGGAGAAGAGGGAGGAUGCAAUCAAAGGAAAUCCAAACGCGCAAAAGCCGACGGAGCCUAAAAUAGAAGAGGUGACCCCGACAACGGCCGCAACCACCCCGCCUCCCGAUGACAACAUGCACGUGAUGGUGCCCCUUGCGGAUCCGCAGUCCGAGUUGAGUCACACGGGCGACAGCGGCGUCGACCACGGGAGCUCCAGCGUGAGCCUCGCCGACCUCCUUGACUGCAGCGACGACUACGACGACAUCACGGACGACACCACGGACGUCACCUCGGGCAUCUUUGCGGACGAGUCCUGCGAGCUGAGCGCCUCUCCUGCCUUCAAGUCUCUGCAGAAGCAGGUGGGAACUCCUGACUCCAUGGAUUCCAUGGAUCUGCCAUCUGGGUCUUGUGAAGGCUUCAGCCCCGUGUCCUCCCACCCGUCCAGCUCCCCUAAAGCUAUGGACAGUGGCUACGACACGGAAAAUAACGAGAGCCCCGAGUUUGUACCCAAAGAGCCUCAUGAAGCCCGUGAACAACCUCUUGGAAAUCCUACCCUUCAUACAAAGAUGAAUGAGGACAAGGAGCUGGAGGAGCUGCAGGAGCAGGAGGGUGAAGUAGAGAGGGAGGCAGAACCAUCAUUGGAUGAGGAUUUGGCCUCUGGAGCCUCACAGACCGGCGAUCACGGCCUCCUACCGCUCAGCGAUGAGACUCCGUACCGGGACUCUGCCUACUUUUCAGACUAUGAGAAUGAAAGGCAGUCUAGGGAUGAAGGGGAAGAACCGUCUGAGAGAGGGAGAGAUGAAGAACAUGUUGAAAAGGAACCACCCAUGGGAGAGAGGAAGGGUGAGAAAAGGAAGAAUGAGGAGGAGGAGGAGGAGGAGGAGGAGCUUAAUGACUCUGCAGUGAACAAUGACCUUAAACUUGACCUGAAACACCUGUCGGAGGGAGGAUCCGACUCGCCCUCUCCGCUGGAGAUGGAUGCACAUGUGACUGGAGGUCAUGAGCAGGAUGAGGAGCUGGGGCUACAUGAGGAUCCCUCUGAGGGCGGGCUGGAGGAAUGGCCCUCUCAGGAGGAGAACUCGUCCCUCGGCGACUGGGCGGCGGAGGUGGUGGGGGCCAUGGAAGAAGCCCUCGGCGCCCUGAAUGGAGACCGCACCUCCGACAUUAGGGAAGAAGAGGAAGGAGCAGAGGACUCUCUUCUAGAUCUAGAAACAGAAGAGACGAUUCGAAGCGGACCUUCGGGGACAUCCGGUGAAAUCCUGCACGCUUUACCCAAAGACGGGGUGGCCUUGCAGCACGCGGCGAGCACCAGGCGCUUUUCCUCGUCCUCUCCUCCCCCGGCGGCAGAGGGCCGAGGGACCCCGUCUAACGGGGAGGAGGCGGACGAGGAGGGCGGCGGCACCGACGACAGCGACGAGUCGGACGAGGAGCUGCGUAUCUACAGCGUGCAGGAGCAGAGCGGCGGCGAGGACGAGAGCCACCCGGUGCCCAUCGUGGUGAGCGACGGCGGUGAACACCGCGAGCUGCGCAGCCUCCUCAAGGUGCCGACCCGCCUCGCCACGGACGACCUGCAGGAGGCGCCGGAACGCAAGAAGAAGACGGUGUCUUUUUUCGACGACGUCACCGUCUAUUUGUUCAAUCAGGAAAGUCCCACGAAGGAGCUGGUGGAGGGGGGCUUCCCCCUCGGAGCGGAGGGUCAGAGUUCACGGAGCAAAUCCCAAGAAAAGCUGAACGCCUCCGAUGAGUCCUCCGACGGGAACGUCUCGGAGGAGAGUGCAGGAUACGAGUGGGAGGACGACUUCCCCCUGCUCCCUCUGCCCACCUCCUCGGUGGCCCCUCCCCCCCCAGAAUCCAAACCGGCCACCGCCACCGCGCCGCCGUUCUCCCGCUUCACCGUCUCGCCCUCCGCCGCGUCCCGCUUCUCCAUCACUCACAUCUCCGACUCGGACGUGGACUCCGCGGGAGGAAGCGGCGAGGACGGCGACAAAGAAUGACGAGCGGUGGACAUUCACCCCCCCGCCCGCCGCCGCCUGCUAGCAUGACUUCUGAUCUAUUGUCUGUUUUUAACGUCAGGUUCUUAGAAACACGAGACAGUGCCUCUUUUGAAAGGUCCGUCUCUACUGACCUAACAUGUUUUAGAAUGCUGAAAAAAGAGAAUGGUUAAUAUAUAUAUACAGUUUACAGAAUAUGAAUAUAUAUAUAUAAUGUAUGUACGGUGUAAAGAAUCUAGGAACUUUGAAUUGUGCAUAUUUUUCAGAUCAAAGAGACACAAUGGAAGGAUGAGAAGAGAAUGGAACCACCUGGACCAGGGGUUAGUCCCUACUGGUCUACAGGGGUUAGUCCCUACUGGUCUACAGGGGUUAGUCCAUACUGGUCUACAGGGGUUAGUCCAUACUGGUCUACAGGGGUUAGUCCCUACUGGUCUACAGGGGUUAGUCCAUACUGGUCUACAGGGGUUAGUCCCGACUAGUCUACAGGGGUUAGUCCAUACUGGUCUACAGGGGUUAGUCCAUACUGGUCUACAGGGGUUAGUCCCUACUGGUCUACAGGGGUUAGUCCCUACUGGUCUACAGGGGUUAGUCCAUACUGGUCUACAGGGGUUAGUCCCGACUAGUCUACAGGGGUUAGUCCAUACUGGUCUACAGGGGUUAGUCCCUACUGGUCUACAGGGGUUAGUCCCUACUGGUCUACAGGGGUUAGUCCAUACUGGUCUAACUGGUCUAACUGGUCCAGGAUCAGCACGUUGAGACCACUGAAUUUGUACUUUUUAGGAAAGCCGCUUUACUCGUCUUAAUAAACAUAACGAGAAUCCUUUAGGUAUCACAAGUAAUAUAUUGUUAAUAUGUUUGCUUCAUUCGGAGACGGAGGAAGCUAAAGGCUCACGUUUGGUUACAGAACCUGGACAAUGUGAUGUUCUUCAGAAUCAGGAACGCCACUGUACCGCGUCACGGCCACGCCCCUUUUUGUCGGAAACAUUAAAACAAUAGUUCAACGAGGGCGAAGUGCUCGUCACAAUACGUGUGCACAUCAUUAUCAAAUAACACUUAAAACAAGGUCCGUCAUCACGUUGAUGCAAAGAUCCGUCAGUCCACCACGCAGUAAUAUUAAUAUUCACAAAGGCCUCGAGCCACCAGACGCUCCAGUUGUUUGGUUUCCACGGACAGUUUCCAUCGCCAUGCUGCCAAUGUGUCGGCAUAGCAACGAGCUCAGCGUAUUAAAAGUCAUAUUUCUGUGUGAACUCACGCUUUGGCAUAAAUCUGCACAUCGUGCUCCAGCUGCUCCUCGCUGUGUGUGUGUAGUUUAGUGUGUGUGUGUGUGUGUGUGUGAACUCGUUCAGAUGAGAAGAUAAACCUGAGCGUGUGAACAGACUCACGAAAGAUCCAAUAGGAAUAAGCAUUGCUCUGCUUCCUGUGCGUCAGAGGAUGGAAUCGAACUUUUAGGAGUAUCGGAAGUACUUAUAGGAGUAUCGGAAGUACUUUUGGGAGUAUCGGAAGUACUUUUGGGAGUAUCGGAAGAACUUAUAGGAGUUUCGAAAGUACUUUUACGAUUAUCUGAAGUACUUUUAGGAGUAUUGAUGUGCUUUAGGAGGGAAAGUUACGUGUCUCGUGUGUUAUUGUUUUAUUGUUGCCAAAGAGCUGUUGUGUUGUUGUUUUUACCCCAAACCGGAGACAGAUGACAGAAGCUCCGCCCCCCCUCCUCACCCGGUCACAUCGUUACUUUCUGUACCUUCUAUCAGAUAUAAAUAAAGUCUGUUUUACACAU